AAACCGUUUAAAAUGCCUUUUUGUCCGUCAUUCUGGUUUUGCUUCUCCCUCUUGCAGUAUUAGUGUACCUCUCUCUCUCUCUCUCUGCAACCCAUUUCUACUUCAAUUAGCAAUCCAAUUUGCCAGUUUCAAUAUAUUUUCUAUAUUGCUUUGGGGGUCAGGGUGUGGUGUGUGGGAGAGAGUGAUUAAAGAAAAAGGAGAGGGUUAAUUCAUUAAUUUAAUUAAUGGCAUACAAGGUGGAUCAUGAAUACGAUUAUUUGUUCAAGAUUGUGUUGAUUGGAGAUUCAGGUGUUGGAAAAUCCAACAUUCUUUCCAGAUUUACUCGUAAUGAAUUCUGCUUGGAGUCCAAGUCUACUAUUGGUGUUGAGUUUGCUACGAGGACUCUUCAGGUAGAAGGGAAGACAGUGAAGGCACAAAUAUGGGACACAGCUGGCCAAGAAAGGUACAGAGCUAUCACCAGUGCAUACUACAGAGGUGCAGUUGGUGCCCUUUUGGUUUAUGAUAUAACCAAGAGGCAAACAUUUGAUAAUGUACAGAGGUGGCUUCGUGAGCUAAGGGAUCAUGCAGACUCUAACAUUGUCAUCAUGCUGGCUGGAAACAAAACUGAUCUGAACCAUCUCAGAUCAGUCUCAGCAGAAGAUGCUCAAAUGCUGGCCGAGAAGGAAUGCCUUUCAUGUCUUGAGACUUCAGCUUUGGAAGCUUCCAAUGUUGAAAAGGCAUUCCAGACCAUUUUGUUGGAUAUCUACCAAAUUAUUAGCAAAAAGGCACUGGCAGCACAAGAGGCAGCUAACUCGACAGGACUUCCCCAGGGGACUACUAUUAAUAUUGGAAAUUUGUCGACGAAUAUCAACAAGAAAGCUUGUUGUUCUAACUAACAAAGUUUGUACCUUACGGAUUCGUAAAACAAGGAUAGCAGAAUAUAUUUCAUUUAUGUGACAGACAUGAACGAACAUUCAUUUUGUUUUUCACAUUUUCGCA